ACCACCCACCCUCCCUCGUCUUCAUGUUCUUGUCGUCUCCACCGUUUUAAGUAAAUUUCUCCAUAAAAACCAGAAAAAAAGUGUUGAGAGAUCGAGAGAAGAAUUAAUGGGUUCUGAAACAUUUCUUGAAGUAAUUCUGGCAAUUCUGCUGCCUCCCGUCGGUGUUUUUCUCAGAUACGGAUGUGGGGUUGAGUUCUGGAUUGAUUUGCUGCUGACAAUCUUGGGGUAUAUUCCAGGGAUUAUAUAUGCUCUUUAUGUCUUGGUGGGAUGAUCGAUCUUAUGCAGCAGAAGUACUAUUCGAUCCAUCGAAUAUGAAUAAUUAUCACAUUAAUUAAUGCUAAUAAUUUUUAUUUAGAGGGCCAAAUUAGGGUUUGUUUGUUUGUUUGUUCUUGGCUGGCUGGCUGUUCUGCAGAUGAUGACUUGCUAUGAAUUAUAUUCUGUGUUUGUCAAGUUGGAAUUUAUGUAGAGAGAGAGAGAGGAGAGAGAGAGAUUAUUCUGCUCUUCUUGUUGUUUUGAUCUUUUUCUCAUAAGUUUUAUACUUUGUUAAGUUUUGAUUUGAUUUCUUGGGAUUGAA